AAGAUGAGGUAUUACAAGAAUCUGGAUGGUCAUUCGUCCAAGCAGAAGAGGUAUUUCUUGAAAUAAGCGCAUUCAGACCAUUGCAAGAUAGUAGUUAUCUACCUUUACCAGAAGCUUUAGAUAAGCCACAACUAGGAAUAAUUAAUUCACAAAAUAGGGAUGAUAAUGAGUGUUUUAAAUGGUAUAUAAGUGCCUAUCAUACAAGAGAGGAAACAAUAAAAGCUAAUAGAAAGCCACCACAUCUUAAUGAAAUCCAGAGACUUAGACGAAAUGCAAAUAUAGCAAAUUUUGAAGAUAUAAAAUUUCCGGCAACACUCCAUGAUAUAGAUAAAUUCGAAGAAAGCAAUUUUAAUUAUGCUAUCAAUAUAUUUAAACCAUUUUAUAGCAAGCUUUCGGAAAAAUAA